CCCCUCCCCCCCUUACCCCCAUGCACGGUCGACGACCAAGCCGACAGGGACUGGCCCUCGCCCUUGCCCUCGCCCUCGCCUUUGCCUUAGCCGUCCCCAUUGCCGCGGCCGCGGGUCAGAGAGCGACUGUAGCAGACGAGAGGGACCAAGUCGCAUCACCGUCGCCACUAAUGACGUCGUCGCCGCCAUCGUCGCCAUCGCCAACGCCACAUAGCUCGAUACCACCGUUCGGAAUGAUCACCAAGCCGGCGAACCCGGAGCGGUUCGAGGCGGUGGACAUUCAGGUGGGAAGGACGUACUGCUCCCGGGCUCCGAGCCCAGCAUCUACGUCUUGUACCCGGACGUGCUGUAUCAGCUCGAUGGAAGGACGCUAGCGUCGGUCAACUCGUUUGUCUUUCUCGGCGACAUGGAGCGGGUUAUCAUCCUCAACGCGGGUCGGGCCCUCAUUCAGCUCGCAUGGGCGCCGGCCACCGAUGGAAGGCUGGAUCCGGUGACUGGCGAGGCUGUUGGGCGGCUCUCGUUUGUGGUCCUGGACCUGUACUCGAUGUCGAUGGUGGGCAAGACCGUGCCUCAGUCCGACGUGGCCAAGCCCGAGGACGUGCUCAUCACAGCCAACGGUUCGCGGCUGGUGUUGAUGAGCGAGUACAAGGCGACGUUGUUGAGCGUGGACCACGAUACGUCGGACGUGACAGUUAUUGAUGCUGCGCCAAUUCCCAAGUUCAUUGCGGCCUCGAUCGACAACGAGUACGCAACAGUCAUUGCGGCGUGCGAGGCGUCCGAAGGCCCCGAGCUCGGCCACAUCCUGCUUGAUGACUUUAAGGCCCUGCAGUACCUCGGCCCUGUCAAUGGCGCCCAAUUUACGCCGCGGACGCUCAGUGUGUACAACUCGGGCGAGAGCGGGCAGGUGCUCUGGGUCGAUGGCAUCGAAAUCUAUGCAUUUUCCGUUCUUCAGCGUCGGCUUGACGACUCGAUCCUCGACUACGAUUUGGCCGCGACAGCGGCAGCCAAGACCGGGGGCGUGUUUUACUACGCGGUCCAGCCGGCGGCGGCGACAGUGACCCGGACCCAGAUGCUGCCGUACCUUGGGACGGCGCAGGUGUUUGACGAGUGCAACGCCACGCUGGUGGCCUCGUGGGACACCUUUAUGGUGACUCAGUGCCGAAACGAGCGCGGCAUCAUGCCCCAGUUUUCGAUUUUCAAGCUCGGAAAUCUGCCGCCGCCACCAACGUCGCCGCCGCCGCCGUCAGCACCAAAGCCGCCGCCGCCGCCGCCGAUCUUCCCGGUCUCGCCCACACAAGGGCCGCCGCCGCCGCCGGCGUUCCGGCUUAUUCUCUCUGUGGUCAUCGUGGUGCUCGCGGUGUGCGUUGUUGCCCUCGCCAUUCCGCUCAUCAUCAUGUGCCGGCGGUCCAAGUGGUACAUCCGGCGCAAGCGGACGCGGCGGGCCAAGAAGCGGUCGCGGCGCGGUAUUGCAUCGGCGGAGCGGCUGCGCGCCCAUGAGCAAUCGCUGCUGCAGCCGCAGGCGGCCAUCCGGCCGGGGCGUGGGUUCGGCGGUGGAUCGGCAGAGCGGUUUCCCGAGUACGGGUCGACGCUCAGCGGAGCACGGCCGCGGCCGGUGCCGGGCGGUGGCGGCAGUCGUCCCAUGCGGGCACCGGUUGCGGCUGGCGCGUCGGUGCCGACCGUGUCGUGGGCAUCGGGCCUGCAGCAGGCUAGUGGGAGUGGCGAGUAAAGCAGAGUGCUGUU